AAGUCAUUCUCCGAACAUCGCAGUCGAAAUCACGUAUUUGCGAUAAUAAAUUAAUAAGCGAACAAUGUAUUCUACAAAAAUAUCGCGAACUCUUUUAUAUCGAUCAUCAAUCAUCUUAAAUUAUCGCUACGAUUUUCGUUAGAUUUAUUCGCUUUUCUCACAUAAAUUGCAACAACUAGUAUAAAACAUUAAACGGAUUACAAAAUCAUUUACAUUUUCCUUAUGUAUAUUCGAUAGAAUAUUUCAAGGAAAGUUCCCACGCACGUAUUCCAUCGAGAAAAAUAGACGCAAAAACGAAACUUGCGGAAUUUCGUUUAUUCUAGAUUAUCCCGAUUAAAUAGAGCUCACUUAAUCAUCGUGCGAAGGUGUUUCUUCGGGUAAAGUCCGCGACUCUUUCAGAAAAAUUCAAACCUGCGCGCGUUCCCAGGUCCGACCAAUCUUUGACAACUUUCAUCGACCAUAUGGGCCACGUUCCAGCCAAGUGGGAGACCCAUUAAGGUUACUACGGAUGCGUACGCAUCCGGCGUUCCAUGCCGUUGUGAAGCUACCGACCAUUCCUCGAUGAAUCGUCGAGCGCAUGCGAACGCUGGCUGGUUCGCGUUCGUUUAGGAACGUUUUUUCAUCAAACGCAUCUUGCGUAUAUGACGAUACGCAGCGAGUGAAUUACUCCUAGAUUAUUCGACGAAUCUCCGUUGAUCGCGCACCGGACACGUGGUCGUCCUCUUCGUCGGCAUGGAGUCCAGCGACUCGAUGCCGCCGGAAAUCGAAUCCGCCGGCGAGGACAUCAUUCUGCGAUACGAAGAGUUCGAAACCGUGAAGAGUAUCGUGGCGAACGACGGGCGCAACUCGGGGACGAUCGAGGAGGGCUUCUUCCUGAUAUCGCAGGAACCGCAGGCGGUGCAGUAUAAUCCCGAGGGUAACGUCGAGGAAACGGUGUCCCACAGGCAUCAGACCGAGGUAACGCUAGAGUGGAUGCACCUGUGCAGGAUAUGCGCCAACGCGAGCGACCACAUGAUACCCAUCUUCGUGGGCAACGGAGCGGAGCACGACUUGUCCGGCAAAAUAAUCAAAUACUUGCCGAUACACGUAUCCGAAAGCGACACUCUGCCGUUACAACUGUGCGAGCGUUGCGCGAACACCCUGAUAGCCUGGCACGAGUUGAGCGAGGGAUGCCUAAGCGCGCAGAGGAAGCUGCUGGAAAUGCAGGAUAUGCAUCUGCGAAAUAAGCAGCAGUAUUACAAUCCUACCUCUUUGGAUAAUUUAGAAGUUCCUACGCCGAUGCUUACAGCCAGUACGACGAUUGCGUCUAGUGUCACAAACUCAUUGCCAAGUCAGCAGAACGACGACAAAAACGAAGUUUGCAGUACUGAAAAAAUUAAUAAUUCCAACAGGUGCGAGCUGGCAGAGGAGAGAUCUUUCGCGGCAUACCGCUCCUCGUGUAACGCUGCACCGUGGGCGAGUAAUACCACGAUAAAGUACGAAAGCAAUCCGAUGAGAAGCACGACGCUGAUUGCGGAGAAGGCUAAAGAAAUUUCGGAAAGAGAGACACGCGAUUCGUCGGGUAACUGCAACGCAGAGAAAUGCGACGAAGAAACGGUCUUGAGCGUCUUGAGAUAUCAAGAAAAAGAUAAAUCGACAAUUCCAGAGUCGACGAGCGACUCUGUGAAGAAGGAUUAUACUUGCGACAACUGCCAUCGCGUCUUCAAAAGAAAACAUAAUCUAAUACGCCAUAUGACGGACUGCGAACAUCAUGAUUCAGCUAAUGAAGAUUUACCAAAAACGCAUACUAAAGUAAUAGAAAAGAAUAAGGAGACAGACGAGAGUACGGUAAAAGAGAAGGACCUGUUGGUGGAAGAUAUUAAAAGCACAAGCGACGACGAAGACUUUUGCCUUCCGUCAGUAAAAUCAUUGGGAAAACGAUCCAGAAUUUACUCGUGCGGCUAUUGCGAGCACACCGUGGAGAAGAGGAAACUGUUGAAGGCCCAUCUGGCGGAGGCGCAUCCCGAGGUCGCGAAGAGAGGCCGAAAGUCCUUCGUGGCCACGGAGACGGUGCUGCGCGCCCGGAUGGAGCACGACGGUAAGGUGUACUAUCACUGCGGUGAGUGCGGCAAAAACUUGAAUUCGCCGUACACCUUCUACUGGCACCUGCGCAUCCACACGGGCGAGCGGCUCUUCACUUGUCACCUGUGCGGCAAGCGCUUCCGCGUGAAUCAGGGUCUGGCGCGGCACCUGAAGGAGACUCACGACGGCGUCAAGAACAUAGAGUGCGACCUGUGCGGCCGCAAGUUCUCGACGCGGCGCAACGUCGAGGACCACCGGCGCAUUCACACCGGCGAGCGGCCGUACGUCUGCAACGUCUGCGGCAAGACGUUCAAGCAGAAGGCCUCGCUGUUCGUCCACAAUCGCACGCACACGGACGUGUUCCCGUUCAAGUGCAGCCACUGCGGCCAGACGUUCCGCACGCGGCCGCCGCUGUUGCUGCACAUCACCAAGCACACCGGCGAGAAGCCGCACGCGUGCGACGUGUGCGGCCGUCGCUUCCGCAUCAAAUACGAGCUGAAGCGGCACCGGCUGAUCCAUUCCGACGAGAAACCCUGGCGCUGCACCGAAUGCAGCCUCUCGUUCCGCCAGAAGCGCUACUUAGUUAAUCAUAAGAAGCUCAAUCACGAGCCGCCGCGCAGUUCGGCCGCCCCCCAAGUAACGGGCUGACU